CAAAAAUGUCAUCUCUCCAUCUAAAUCAAGAAGAAGAACCAAAUGAAAAAUAUUUAGAUUUAUCAUUAAGCUCAGGCGCAGCUCAAACAGCCCGGCAAGAUCGAACCAUGCAUAACAAUGGUGUUAGAUAUAUUCCAUGUAAGAGACAGAGAGGCCAAGAUGGUGCUGCAUUAACCAGACCUAAUGAUCUUUCUGGUGCAGCGGCUGGUAUGGGCGGUGGUCUGCAGUAUGAUCAUGGUGUCAUGUAUGGGAGGUUUAGCUGUAAAAGUGGUGAAAAUGGUAAGAAAAUAAUGAGUUAUUAUGGUAAUAAUGAAAGAAAUGAGGGGGUGAGUUAUAGACAGUCAUCGUCUUCUUCGUCACAUUCUGAGAAAAUUCGGCAUCGGAUGAUUAAAAAUAGAGAAUCUGCUGCUCGGUCUAGAGCAAGAAAACAGGCUCUGGAAGCUCAACAGCAAUUGGAAAAUGCAGAACUCAAGAAAGAGAAUGACCUCCUAAAGAGGAUUGUAGGGUUUCUAUUGGGCAUUGUGAGGACAAAACGCACGAAGUUGCCAACACUAUCAAGGAGUUUCUCAGCACCAUUCUAAAUCAUAUGCAAUCAACCAAAGCAAUAAUAUCAAGGAUUUGUGUAUGUGGAACACAUUACCAAAUCUAUUCUCAUUUAGUUUCAAGUAUUUUUGGUUUGAUUAGAAAAGUUAAAGUUGUUCAUUAGUUAUUUAACCCAAUGUAGAACAUAAUUUCCAUUAAUGAUAAAUAAACAUGACUUAAAUAAAA